AUGGGUGUUGUCGUUAAGUCUCGUUCAAAAAGCUUAAAAGAUGUCAGUUUGACAUCAGUGAAUAAUUUAGAGGGGAUAUUAUCGCAAAUUUCCAAGUUUAAUGGGAAUAUAAACACGAAUAGGUUGAAAUUGAGUUAUAAGAAGGAGGAUAAGUACAUUGGUAUUAGUUCUUCAGAAUUUUUCAAGGAGCAUAAGGAUGAAGUUUUGUAUGUGAAGGAUCUUGGGCCUCAAAUUUCGUGGAGAUUGGUAUUUUUGGCAGAAUACCUUGGUCCUAUAUUGGUUCAUACUGUUAUGUACAGGCUUUCUCUAAGCCGCCAGAAUGUUUUAAAGUAUAGCCAUUCAGCUGGAUAUAACCCUCAACUCAAUCGUGUUGCUUAUUAUCUGAUUUUGGUUCAUUAUUUAAAGCGUGAAUUUGAGACCCUUUUUGUUCAUUCGUUUUCUCAAUCGACGAUGCCUUUAUUUAAUAUAUUCAAAAACUCUUUCCAUUACUGGGUUUUGAAUGGAUUAAUCUCUUUGGGGUAUUUUGGAUAUGGAUUUCUAAUCCCCGACGUGGUGUUGUUCCCUGUGUAUUCAAAGUUGAGGUUGAACUACUUGAACAAGUUGAUAGGAUUAUUCGUCAUUUCAGAGCUUUGGAACUUCUAUAGUCAUAUCCAAUUGCGUAGAUGGGGGGAUUCGCAGAAGCGUAAAGGUGUUACUAAACGAGUACCAAUGGACGAGAGUCUUUUCAGGUUUUUGGUAGCUCCAAAUUAUACUUUUGAGGUUUUUGCGUGGAUUUGGUUUACUCUUCUUUUCAAAAUGAAUGCUUUUAGCUUAUUGUUUUUAGCAGUAUCUACUGUUCAGAUGUAUUUGUGGGCUAUGAAGAAAAACCAAAAGUAUGGCACUAAAAGGGCCUUUUUGAUACCUUUCGUUUUCUAG